AUGGGGCAUUCCAUCGACCGGUAUGAUGUGACAGUGUGCUUAUACAUACAUGGCAUGUGCAUUAUUGAUGCAAAGAACAGAUACAUCUCUGCUACAGUUGUGUCCUUUCACUUGUGUGGCCAUGAUCUUGGUGAAACAAUUGUGUGUGCCAUGGUGUAUUUGAAAUUUGGUAGAGUUUGGCCAGUGGAGGUAAAUAAAAGUUCAAAGAAUUUUCUAAGAAGAGUUAACCAGUGUGUGCUUGAAAGGCAGUGUGAUAGAAGUCUUGCUUAUAUAGCUUCUCAAGUCACUGCUGAUGAAGAGAAUUAUGAAGACUAUCUUAUAAAUUCAGGCUCUGCAAUCAAGAUAAACAACCUGUUACCUGUUAAAGGACUGACUGAUGUUAUGCAGAAAGUUGCAGUAAACACUGGAAGUGAAGUAUACCUGACUCAUGUUGAAGGCAAUGGAAUAGUUUGGCUUCAGUGCAAAGUAGACUCUGAUGUCGUAUUAGAAAUAGAAGAAAAAAUUAAAACACUCUUGGUUAAAAGCAAGGCUCCUGCUGAAAUUGCUGUUGGAAUGCCAUGCAUUGUGCAGAGCUCACAAGAUUCGUGGUGGUAUAGAGCCUUAGUCAAAAAUAUAUAUGAAGAAAGAGUGGAAGUCCUUUGUAUUGAUUAUGGUAACUCUGAAGCUGUCCAUUUCUCACGGGUAUGUAUUGAUCUUAAUCUGAGGGCUUGUAAAAUUUUCUUUUAGAGGUAUUUGUUUAUGGUUUAUUGCCAGUGGAAAGUCUUUUUCUUCUUGGUGUUGCGAAUAAGAAAUUUUUUAAAGAACUUCAGAAUGUGGCCUGUUACCAUUUAUUUCUUAUGCAACAAGAUUUUUGGAUCCGAGUUCUUUAAAUGUCUUUUAGAGUCUAGGGGAAAUAAUUUCAACUGGGAAACUCCAUAGAAUAAUAUUCAAAUUUAUUAAAGUAUUUAAAUACAAUACUUUAUCUUCUCUUUGUAGUUAAUUUAACUUAAUACUUUGUACAAUAAAAUUACCAUAUACAUUGAGCUCCAAAUCAUGGAAAUGUCAUAUUAAUAAGGAAGUUUAAUUAUUCUUCCUGUAUCUAAGUCCUCAUUAAUAUUUACGUCUCAUUCUUAACAAGACUGUAGACUCAAAAUACAAAAGGUACAAGAUUUAACAAGACCUUUGAAUCUGGCCGUAUAGUAUCUCUAUGAAUUACUGAACUGACCAAGAAUAUAAAUAUCAAAAGAGUCUUUCAAAGUAAUGAGGAACAAAUUGAGUCAGCUCUAUAGUCCAAUUCUCAAAACCAUUCAACUGUACACCGUAAGAGCCAAUAUACGAUCAGUUGUCAGGGCUAGAGCUGGGAGCAGACUCACUACUUGCCAGCCUGUUGACGUGUCGUCAGGUCGGAUCAGCUGAGCCACGUCAGCCAGCCGGACAUGAACAACUGAACAAUUCACCGGAUGGUUCCGAGACUUAAACUCUAUAUACACAAGAAAUCCUACCUAACCAUAAUAGUAAAAUAAUAGUGAUUAUCACUAUUAUUACAAAAUAGUGAUAAUAAUAAUAGUGAUAAUUACAAAAUAGUGAUAAUAACAAAAAUAGUGAUAAUACCAUGGUAUUUUUCAUAUAUUAACAGAUAAUAAUAUAACGCCGAAAGUCUCUAUUUUAGCUAUAAAUGGGGACUUUCGCGCUAUAAUAUUAAGUGAUGAACAUAUGCUCUUACAAUAUUUAAAUAACACAGGAUGACCAAUUUCAAAGAUAUAACACCCCCCAUAUGACAAUAGGUUGCAGUAGGGAGUUUGCAAGCGUCCUUGGUAAUAUCUCCUUUAUAGUGAGCGUCCUCUUGGUAAAUAAGGCAAGUAGUACGACGGAAGAAUGGAGAAGCAAGAACUCGAACAGCAUGGUUAUUUGCCAGAGGAUGAGCUUUUGGAACAAUGGCCAGAAGAACUAUCUGGAGUGGCUUCCAUCAUAAUUCGAGAAUAAGAGUCUCGGACAUGACUGUCAGGGUCAUCCAUGUGUACUUAAUACUUCGUCCCAUCAACGAAACGGCUUUCAUAGU